CCAUAGAUAAGCCCAAUUCUGUGACCUUAAACCAUAAGCUAAUUGUCCCCCGACCAUCGGACCAUCUCUUCCACGGAAAUCAUUGGACUCUCUAUACUGUUCUUCCGUACCACUCUACUCCGUACUCUGUCUACUAUACACUCAGUCCAUAGUGUUCCUGUUUCCCCGUGUCCGGAAUCUCUCGUCCGACUCCGGUAGUCCUUCUCCACCCUCCAGCUCCGGUAUAUAAUUGUAGAUUCCUCCUUCUCUUCUCUUGUUUCUUCACUCACUCUGCUUUGGGACUCAGCCUUGCCAUCUCUCUCAUCCUCCUAUAUUUAAUUAUAAAAAGAGUUAUUAUUCCAAACGCAAUGAUGUCGAACCUUCCCUUCGAGCCCGAAUUCGAGCAGGCCUACAAGGAGCUUGCCUCCACUCUUGAGAACUCCACUCUCUUCCAGAAGAAGCCCGAGUACCGCAAGGCCCUCCAGGUUGUCUCCGUCCCCGAGCGUGUCAUCCAGUUCCGUGUUGUCUGGGAGGAUGACAAGGGUCAGGUCCAAAUCAACCGCGGUUACCGUGUCCAGUUCAACUCUGCCCUUGGUCCCUACAAGGGUGGCCUCCGGUUCCACCCUUCGGUGAACCUGUCCAUCCUGAAGUUCCUCGGCUUCGAGCAGAUCUUCAAGAAUGCCCUGACCGGCCUCAACAUGGGUGGUGGUAAGGGUGGUUCCGACUUUGACCCCAAGGGCAAGUCCGACAACGAGAUCCGCCGCUUCUGUGUCUCCUUCAUGUCCGAGCUCUGCAAGCACAUCGGCGCCGACACUGACGUCCCCGCCGGUGACAUCGGUGUCACCGGCCGCGAGGUCGGCUUCAUGUUCGGCCAGUACAAGAAGAUUCGCAACCAGUGGGAAGGUGUCCUCACCGGCAAGGGUGGCAGCUGGGGUGGUUCUCUCAUCCGUCCCGAGGCCACCGGUUACGGUGUCGUCUACUACACCGAGCACAUGAUCAAGCACGCCACCGGCGGCAAGGAGUCCUUCGCCGGCAAGCGCGUCGCCAUCUCCGGAUCCGGUAACGUCGCCCAGUACGCCGCCCUGAAGGUCAUCGAGCUCGGCGGUUCCGUCGUCUCCCUCUCCGAUUCCCAGGGUGCCCUCGUCCUCAAGGGUGAGGAGGGUUCAUUCACCCCCGAGGAGAUCAACACCAUCGCCGCCAUCAAGGUCGAGCGCAAGCAGAUCUCCGAGCUCGCCACCCAGGCCGCCUUCGCCUCCAAGUUCAAGUACAUCCCUGGUGCCCGUCCCUGGACCAACAUCGCCGGACGCAUCGAUGUCGCCCUCCCCUCCGCCACCCAGAACGAGGUCUCCGGCGACGAGGCCAAGGCCCUGAUCGCCGCCGGCUGCAAGUUCAUCGCCGAGGGCUCCAACAUGGGUUCCACCCAGGAGGCCAUCGACAUCUUCGAGGCUCACCGUGACGCCAACCCCGGCGCCGCUGCCAUCUGGUACGCCCCCGGUAAGGCCGCCAACGCCGGUGGUGUCGCCGUCUCCGGACUCGAGAUGGCCCAGAACUCCGCCCGUGUCAACUGGACCCGCGAGGAGGUCGACUCCCGUCUCAAGAACAUCAUGGAGGACUGCUUCAACAACGGUCUCGCUACCGCCAAGGAGUACGUCACCCCCGCCGAGGGUGUUCUUCCUUCCCUGGUUGCUGGCUCCAACAUUGCUGGCUUCACCAAGGUCGCUGAGGCCAUGAAGGACCACGGUGACUGGUGGUAGAUCAGUUCACCCCCCGUUGUGAUGAUUUCUGUCUUCUCUUGAUGAGAGGCGGCUUUGAUGCAUUUUCUUUGUUUAUAGCUUUUCUUUACCUUUCGAGCGGGUUACGGAUAGAGGCGCUGGUUUUUCCCCUUCUGCUGCAUUUGAUUGAUAUCCCCACUUGAGCAUCGCCGUUUUUUUGGGUCUGCAGUUGGGAUCGGCAUGACAAUAAUGAAAUUGAAUGAUCAUUUCAAAAUA